AUGACAUCAUCUAGUGAGGGUGAGAUCCUUCAGGUCUCCCAAAUUAUCCGAGAGAGAUGGAAGAUUAAAUCUAAAAUCGGUGGUGGCGGUUUCGGCGAGAUAUAUGAAGCUAUUGAUGUGCAAAAUCAUAAUGAACGGGUUGCCAUUAAGGUUGAAUCCAGUAAAGCCACAAAACAAGUGCUUAAAAUGGAAGUUGCCGUCUUGCGACGAUUGCAAGGGAACGGAAAGAAACAUGCGUGUAAAUUCUACGGGUGCGGACGUAAUGACAAGUUCAAUUACUUAGUCAUGAGUCUACAAGGCAAAAACUUAGCAGAUUUAAGAAGAGAAGCUCCCAAACAAUGCUUUUCCUUAUCAACAGCUGUUAGAAUAGGUAUCCAAAUACUUAAUGCCAUUCAUGAAAUUCAUUCAAUCGGAUUUCUUCAUCGUGACAUCAAGCCGUCGAAUUUUGCCAUGGGAAGGACAUCCCAAACAAUGCGUAAAGUGUAUAUGCUAGAUUUUGGAUUAGCUCGUCAGUAUUUAAAUGCUAAAGGAGAAAUUAGAAGUCCUAGAAGUGCUGCUGGUUUUAGAGGAACAGUUCGUUAUGCUGCAGUUAGUGCUCACAAAAACAGGGAAAUGGGUCGUCAAGAUGACUUGUGGUCUUUAUUUUACAUGCUCACUGAAUUUUUACAAGGACAACUUCCAUGGAGAAAAAUAAAAGAUAAAGAUGAGGUCGGUAGAAUGAAAGAUGAUGUAGACUUGAACAGCCUGUUGGAUGAAUGUCCUUCAGAACUCCAUUUAUUCGCUGCUCAUCUCAAGACUCUGGCAUAUCCCGAUCCACCAGAUUAUGAUUAUUUAGAAGGUCUUCUAGUUCAAGUCAUGACUAAAAAUGCUUUGAACUGGGAUGAACCUUAUGACUGGGAGCUUGGCUAUGAGAACCUAUCUGCCCGACCACGAACUAAUGGCAAUAACUCUUCACGCCUCAAAUCACAUACUACAGCAGUUAUCCGAGACCAAAGAUUGGAAGAUAAAAACAGGGCACUGGAAACUCAAGCCCCAAUAACUAUGGGUGAGGAUGAAGAUGAACAAACGAACGGACAGUGUCCUCAAAUUGGAAUGGGUGAAAGUGGGCAUGAACGAAUAGAAAAACCCAAAUAUAAACGUCAUGAAUUUUUAAAACCCAAACAUGGCACUGUUAAUCUGGAUAUCAUUGAUGCUGUAAAUGCAAGAUUAGCCGCUUGUGACGAUGGUGAAGAAAAGCUAAACGAUGGCAAUGAUGUAGAGGCCCAUUUCAACAUUCCAUGUUCAGUCUUAAGACCUCAAUUAGUAGAGUCGAGUGUUUCACUCGUGAAACCCCGUUCACCAAACGAAAAGCAUAAAAGCAACAAGUCGAUAACUCUAUCAAUUAAUCGAUAUCCGAAGAAGACAGCUAACUCUUCUGAAAACUAUAAUGCUCCUGAAGAUCCAUCUCAUAACGUUAGAACAACCAUCAAUAUGCCGAGUAGAAUUCAUGGCUCGUUUGAUGUUUCAUGUGAUGAUGCCGGAGAUCCCGUGAUUGAUGAUAUGGGAAUGGAGCGCUCUGAGGGAAGACUGAGGAAUCAUAUCAUGUCUCGAGGCUCCCUUCUUUCCCCACCAAGAUCUGAUAAUGGUUCAGCGAACACUUCCCCUGGUAUGACGUCUUCGUCACCUGUGGGUGCUCUAAUGUCCCCGAUAGCAGCUCGACGAUCAUCACGACAGGAAAAGGAAAGGCCAAUUAUGCAUCGAACUCAAUCGUGUGGCGCCCCACCUAGUAGUUCAAUCAUAAGUCAUUUCAAAGGACUCAUUAAUUCAUUUAACAACUUGGGAUGCGGGGCUCGUUUAAAUCGGGGAAUAUCAGUUGAUGAAUCUCCUCGUCAAAUUAACAGCCAAACUGAUUCGAGUUAUGGAAUGCGUAAUAGUACCUCAGCAGUUCGAAUUUCACCUUCUCUAACUUCAACAAAAGUCGUGGCCAGAGUUUCAGCCGUACCGGAUACGGAUGAUGAGAAGGAGCAAAGAAGAAUGAGAAGACUUCGACGACGAAGCGUAGAGUCGAACGUAAGGAUCCCUUACAUAACAGAGUCAACUCCACCAUUAUCUCCUCGCCUAGUUCAAAAGUCCGUUGUACACUCAGCUGCCGAUAAAGGAGGAAUAGUGAAGAUCAGAGAUAAUGGUUUAGACGAGGAACUCAAAAUUCCAAUAGAUGAUAAGCCAUUGCUCUUUUAUAAACGCAAACGCUACCAAUUCCUCAACUUUCCACGGGCUUCCUCUAAAUCAUAA